AUGUUUCUAUCAGCGUUAUUUGUUGUACCAUUCACUGUGGCCCAUCCAACAAUUCUUACACAAUACAAUGGGGGACUCGAUGACCAACAACCAGUUAUUAAGCCACCCUUUAGACAUUCAGACGGACCACAAACUUCAGACGACGAUUUAGCCAACUUUUUAAUUAUAUCUUUUAUAACAUUUGCUUCGUUAAUAGUGGUUAUACUAUUAUCACUAGUAAUUUUUUGGAUUGUAAGACGAUCACGUCAGUUAUCCCAGGACGAAAUUGACAGGGAAGAAGAAAAUCAAGCUUACUUGGAGUUAAAUUCUGAUGAACAAGAACUAUAUUUUCAAUCCAAGGAGUUUCUAACCAACAGUCCGUACUUGGUUGGUGAUUUAACCUUGAGCCAGGAAUUGUCGAUACAGGAAAAAGGUAUCACGGCAUUUGAGUUUCAAAAAGAUGCGGUUUUGACAAAUAACGAUUUGAUGAUUCUUAAUAAGUGUGAGUUGAAUUUCUUCCAGAGCUUUGAAUGUUCCACUCAAACUAAUUUACCUAUUCCAAUGAAAAACGAGGUGUAUUAUUUCGAAUCUAAAAUAUACUCGUUGCCUAACCCCGAUGAAACCGUCAUAUCUAUUGGUUUAAGUAUCAAGCCAUACCCAUGGUUUAGGUUACCCGGAAGACAUCCACAUUCUGUUUGCUACGAUUCGAAUGGCUAUCGAAGACACAAUCAACCGUUCCCAUUCAUUAGUGACCCACCAUUCCCCAGAUUGGUCGAAGGUGAUGUAAUUGGGGUUGGUUAUCGAACCCGUUCAGGUACUGUAUUUUUCACACGUAAUGGUAAGAAAAUAAGUGAAUCCAAAUUGGGUGGGCAUGUCAAGAAUUUCAAAAUUGCCAACAAGGGGCAACUUUUCCCUACUAUAGGAGCCAACAACGUUUGUUCUGUACAUGUUAAUUUGGGACAAAUGGGAUUUGUAUUUAUUGAAGGGAAUGUUAAGCAUUGGGGUUAUGCACCGCUAGAAGGAAAUGGGCCCGCUCCUCCUGUUUAUAAUAAAUAUAAUUCUGAUAUUUUGCUAGAAAGAUCAGAGAUAGACGAUGACGAUUUGAGUGAAAGAGAAAAUGAUUUUCCACCAGAUUUUUGGGCUAUUAAUGGAGACGAAGAUGAUCGUGCUGCAUCACCUCGUGCUUUAGAGCAGGAUAAAUUCAGUUACAAUGCAUACUCAGAGGUCAACUCGCACGAUGAAAGAAUCACAUUGGCCAGUUUGGUUCCUCCUGUCAAACCACCAUCCUAUAAUGAAGAUUUGGAAGAAGGUAACUCGAGUACUCCAACUAACUCAGUGUUACCUGAAGAAGAACAAGUAAAUAAAAAGAGUAAUGAGAGACAUAGUUCUGGAAAUGUUGCCGAUGCUGAAGAAGACCAGAAUAUAGAUGUAAAUAAUGUGGAAAAUGAGGAUACCCAAACAGAGGCUGCUGAUAUAACGACUGAGGAUUCUAAUGCUGUGGAGGCAGAUAGUCUGAGCAUCAAUGAAACAGAAGAUAUAGAUAAUGACGCUCCUGAGUUAUAA